AUGCCUCCAUCACGUCUGGACGGGCUGUAUCGGUCGCUGCUGCUGACCAAGUUCUUCUGCAAAGGCUGGGGCAAACCGGAAAAUCUCGAAAGAUUGUUUGCGUUCCGAAAGAUCAUCUCGAAUCGUGCAGCCUGUUCACAGUUGGUACCGCGCGACUAUCCGGUUGAGAUUACCAAGGAAGAGAUACACUCGGACUGUAAAAUACUGGAAGGAAAGUUCAUUUCGCCAUUAGAAAUCUAUAUGCCCGGGUUGGUGCCUGAUGUAGCUCAGAAUGCACAUUUCCAAAUUUUGCUUCCGCUCAAGUGGAAUGAUGAACGGUACAAGCCGAUCUGCAUCCAUCUGGCUGGUACUGGUGAUCAUUACUUCUGGAAGCGCCGGAAUCUGAUCGCCAAACCACUGCUAAAGGAAGCAAAUCUCGGUGCGAUCAUCUUGGAAAACCCUUUCUACGGUUUGCGGAAGCCAAAAGAGCAACGUGCGUCCAGCCUACAGAAUGUCUCGGACAUAUUCGUCAUGGGCGGUUGUCUGGUGCUGGAAUCGCUCGUCCUGUUGAACUGGUGCGAACGCAACGGGUACGGUCCGCUAGGCAUUACCGGUCUCUCGAUGGGUGGCCACAUGGCUUCGCUGGCUGCAACGAACUGGCCGAAACCGCUCGUACUCGUACCCUGCCUGUCUUGGUCGACGGCCUCGUCCGUGUUUACCGAGGGCGUCAUGAGCAAUUCUAUCAACUGGGACGUGUUGGAGACGCAAUACUUCGCCGAUGGUAACUUCCGGGAGCGUCUCUCGAAGAUGGUUACCGUCGUGGACGAUGCAUUUGUGGCGGGCAAGCAUUUCAUACAGAACUUCAACCAAUCCGUGGAAGAGCUACGGUUAGACAUCAACGAAACGAAAGAUCUGGUCUGUGGCGAUCCGUCAUCGGACGUAAACUUGACCGUUAUUCGCGAAACAACACCGGAACGGGAGCAGAAACAGUCGUCCAAUCUCAUCCAUAUAAACCGGACGAAUGCGCUCAACCUGUCCGAACCGUUGCUCAACAAACUGCUGUCGAACGUGCGGUGUGAACUGACGCAGGAAGAGAUCGAUGAGCUAAAUACGAAGAUACAUCUCGCACUGAAACGACACAACGAAGAGCUUCAAGCGGAAGGUAGUGGGCAAUCAGCAGGCAACAAAUUGAUUCUGGAAGUGAAAGCAGAAGAAAAAGAACCAAAAACUAACUCCAAAUCGGUUGGUUCGAAAAUUAUGGAAUACAUCAGCUGGGGCUCUUCCGCGUCGAAUGCGUCACCCGAUGGUACGGAGGAAAAGCGUAUCCCAAUCGAUACGACCAAACAGCGAUGGUGGGAACGUGAAGCGUUACAGUUUAUGCGCGGCAUGAUGGAUGAAUGUACGCACCUGAAGAACUUCUCCGUACCGUACGACACUUCGCUGAUUAUUGCCAUCUGCGCGAAGGACGAUGCGUACAUUCCGAGGGACAGCUGCAUGAGCUUGGAAGACAUAUGGCCGGGUGCAGAAAUUCGCUAUCUCGAUGCGGGGCACGUUAGUGCGUACGUACUGCACCAGAAGCUGUUCCGGUCGUGUAUUGUGGAAGCAUUUGAAAGGGCAAAGAAAAAGUGGAUCCCGGAAGGGGAACAGCUGCGCGGUCAGGUGAAUGGUGUGGGGACUGGACCACGGCCGGUUAAGAACGAUCCCGAAGCUCCAGCAAAGUAA